GUCUUUUACAUUCAUCAUUCCCCUCUAAAGGUUAAGCCAUAAAUACCACCGUCAUUAUGAAAGGCUAUUCUGAGUUAUAUGUUUCUAAGGGAGCCAUGAUGACGCAGUAAGGUUAAUUAUAUCAAUUAUGGCACUCGUUGCCUGUCCAGAUUUUCUUUGAGAAAAAAGUAAAUGCCAAUUUGCCUGAAGGUGCAAAUUGUUCAUGUGUGGCGUGCCUCUUAUGCUGUGUAUAAAAGCAGGGGCAGAAAGCUUUUGGGAAACCGAGGCAACCCAACUGCAAACUGACCUGGCAAUCACAGCCACUGCAAACAUGUUGACAGUAUUGGCUCUGAUGACACUGCUGAUGGUCUCGGUUGAGUCGGACCUCUCAAAUGAAGAGUGGAAGUCUUUGAGUAACCCACAGAGCAGGACCCUGUUUUUCCGGAUCCUGCAGUCCUAUCUUGAAGGCAGAGAGAGCGAAGCUCGAGCGAUGAACAGGAAAACGAAUGUGAAGGAGAACAAAAACAGCAAUGUAGAAAACACUGGUUAUGACAAGUAUGACCUCUUUCUCCACAAUGACAUUUAUGAUGUUUAGUUGAAGAUCUCAUUUUUAGUUUGACGAUGUUUAACAUUUAAAUUGGG